CACAUUCCUUUUAUUUGUGAAGGCAACUUGAAAAAACGUGCGCAUUUUGUGUUGAAAAAUAAUAUUUUAAAAAAAUAUUAAAUUUAUUUACUUUAAAAGGCAAAAAAUUAAUUAAUAUAUUAAAAAAUGCGUCGUCCAAAAAAGUAUCAGUCUGGUGAAGCUGCUCAAUAUGUUACCCGAAAAGCAGCCCUAAAAAAACUCCAACUGACUUUGAAUGACUUCCGCCGAUUGUGCAUCAUUAAGGGAGUAUAUCCCCGUGAACCAAAACAUCGAAGACGCGCACAGAAAGGUUCAUCAGAAAUAAGAGUCCUCUAUCAUGCCAAGGACAUUCGAUUCCUUUUAAGUGAACCCAUUGUUUGGACACUUCGUAACUACAAGAUCUUUGCCAAGAAAACUGGACGUGACCGAGCAAUUAAAGAUUUCCGCAAUUUAAAACGCCGCCUCGCCCUCUAUCCCGAACUCAAAAUCGACCAUAUCGUCAAGGAACGCUAUCCCACCUUCAUUGAUGCCGUCAAAGACUUGGACGAUUGUCUAACCCUGUUGUUCCUCUUCAGCACCUUCCCCUCGUUGCGUCUCAUUCCUCGUGAGCAGUCUGCCUUGUGUCGUCGUUUGACCGUUGAAUUCCUUCACUACAUAAUCGCCGCCAAGGCUAUCCGUAAAGUAUUCAUCUCAAUCAAAGGCUACUACUUCCAAGCUGAUAUCAAGGGACAAAAAGUCACAUGGAUCGUUCCACAUUACUAUCCAUUCAAGCCACAUGCCAAGUCCGAGGUCGAUUUCAAAGUGAUGUCGAUUUUUGUCGAGUUCUACACUAUUAUGUUGGGCUUCACCAAUUUCCGUUUGUAUCACAGCAUCAAUAUGGCCUAUCCACCGCAAUUCCCAGACGGAGUGAUGGCCGACAGUGAAGCAACGAUGAAGGAUGAAAGUUCGUUUGUUUCGAACCGAAUUGCAGCUCUAAAUCAUGAAUUGCUGCGAUCAGAUAAAGUUGAUGAAGAAGAUGACGAUGUUGAAAUCGACUUGGAACUGCUUGAGCAAGACGGUGACUCGAAGAGAGUUUUAAAGAUGAAGCAAGAAGCUCAGGAAAUCCGCAAGCUCAAGUCGAUCUUCAAGGGAUUGAAAUUCUUUGUUAGCAGGGAAGUUCCCCGGGAACCUUUGGUCAUUCUGAUUCGUUCUUUCGGUGGAAAAGUGUCUUGGGAUAAGACUGUCUUUGAUGGAGCAACAUUCGAUGAAAAUGAUGAGACGAUUACUCAUCAAAUUGUCGAUCGGCCAUCUUUGGCGCAACAGUAUAUCUCGAGGGAUUACAUUCAACCCCAGUGGGUGUUUGAUUGUGUGAAUCAAAGAAAUCUUCUACCGACCAACAAGUACUUUAUUGGAGUUGAUUUGCCUCCACAUCUAUCUCCGUUUGUCGAUUCAAAGAGGGAUACAUAUAUUCCACCAGAAGAGAAAGCUCUUCUUGAUCCUUCAUUGAUCGAAACUCAUGAACAAAGUGAUGCCGAGGACGAUGACGAAGAGGAAGAAAACGAAGAAGAUGAAACUGACCAAAAUCUGAUGGACGCCCAACUUCAAUUGGCAUAUCAAGAAGAGAAAGCUGAAUUUGAUGCUGAUAUGGGUGAUGGUGAUGACAAUGAAGAGGAUGGUUAUGAGGAUGAAGAAAGUGCUGAUGAUGAUGAGGAAUUGGAUGAGAAAGAAAAGAGACGUCUUGAAGAGAAAAGUAACAUGGCUGUUGCAUCUGGUAAACCUAUCAAAGAAAACAAACGGGCACAGCACAAAAACGAAGUUGAAGAACAUCGUCUGCAAGCACGUAUGGUCAAACCACGCCACAGAAAUCUCUUCAGGAAGCUUAUCCGUGAGAAGCAAGAUAAAGAUAAGGAACAGUGGUUGUUGAAAAAGAAACGAAAACAUAUUGACCAAGCUGAAAAGAUUACAAAAAAGGCUAACAAGAAGAAAGCUAAGAAAAUCGUUCAGUAAAUGUAAUAAAAUGUAGUUUUCUUUUCUUUUUUCAAAUAUGCUGUUAGUUAUAAAUAAUUUGGUUUGUACAAUAUUAAUACAAAAUAAAGAUGGAUUUUAUUUUAAUAAAAUAAUGGUAA